AUGCACUCUGGGAGUCAGUGUGCUAGAAACGGCUACACGUCGCGCUGGUAUCACCUGUCGUGCGGCGAGCACUUCUGUAACGAGUGUUUUGACCAUUACUACAGGAGUCAUAAAGACGGCUACGAGACCUUCUCCUCGUGGAAGCGGGUUUGGACCAGCAAUGGGAAGAGCGAGCCCAGCCUCAAAGCCUUCAUGGCCGACCAGGAGCUGCCCUACUGGGUUCAGUGCACUAAAGCAGACUGUGGUAAAUGGCGUCAGCUGAGUAAAGACACGCAUCUGUCGGCCACGCUGGCGUCCUCGUACCGCUGCGGGAUGAAGCUCAACAGCAGCAAAGUGGAAGGAAGUGAUGCGUGUUCUCAGCCGGAGGACCUGCGAGUGGCCGGUGUGACAGACAGCUGGUGGCUCUCUAUGCUCAUCCUGCCGCCGCUGUUUAAGGACAGUCCCGCCACUCCGUUCCUCUCCUGCUAUUACCCCGACUGCGUGGGCAUGAGCCCGUCUGCCUCGCCUAGCAACCAUCCCCCCGGCAACCAGCGGCCCGAGCAACGGCGAGCUGCUCAGCCUCACAUUCCCGGACUCGCGCCCUACUUCCAGCCCUUCUAUCAGCCGAACGAGUGUGGGAAAGCCCUGUGUGUCAGACCUGACAUGAUGGAGCUGGAUGAGCUGUACGAGUUCCCCGAGUUCUCCAGAGAUCCCACCAUGUACCUGGCGCUGAGGAACCUGGUGCUGGCGGCCUGGAGCCGAGACUGCAAGGAGGUUCUGACGCUGCAGAAGUGCGCUCCUCACGUGAUCGUGCGUGGGCUGGUGCGCGUCCGCUGCGUGCAGGAGCUGGACCGGGUUCUGUACUUCAUGAGCCGGAAGGGUCUGAUCAACACCGGAGCGCUGCAGAUCAAGUGGCCGCUGCUGCCCGAGUCACAGCACAACAAGGUGCUGGUCAUCGGCGCAGGUGCCGCGGGGCUCGCUGCUGCUCGACAGCUCCAGAACUUCGGCAUGCAGGUGGUGGUUCUGGAGGCCAGGGAGCGAAUCGGAGGACGAGUUUGGGACGAUGCAUCGCUGGGCGUGACGGUGGGGUGCGGAGCUCAGAUCGUGAACGGCUGCGUGAACAACCCCAUCGCCCUGAUGUGUGAGCAGUUGGGACUGCGGAUGCACACUCUGGGUGUCCGCUGCGAGCUCAUUCAGGAAGGCGGACGCGUCACCGAUACAGCUCUGGACAAACGCAUGGACUUCCACUUUAACGCCGUGCUAGACGCCGUAUCCGAGUGGAGGAAAGACAAGUCACAGUCCCAGGAUGCACCACUGGGCGGUGAGACACACGUGUCGGCGUGCUCGUGGGAUCAUAACGAGUGUUUCGCUCAGUUCUCUGGAGAUCACACGCUGCUCACUGACGGAUACUCAUCUGUCCUGCACAAACUCGCUCAGGAACUCGACAUCCGGCUCAGUACCGCGGUGCAGCAUGUGGACUAUUCUGGAGAGGGAGUGACGGUGACGUCCCGCUGCGGCUCUCGCUGGAGCGCACAGAAGGUUCUGGUGACGGUGCCGCUGGCUCUGCUGCAGAAGAACAUCAUUGGUUUCAGUCCUCCUCUGCCUGACAGGAAGCUCAAAGCCAUCCACAGUCUGGGAGCCGGAGUCAUUGAGAAGGUGGCGCUCCAGUUCCCCACACGCUUCUGGGACAGUAAAAUCCAGGGAGCGGAUUAUUUUGGCCACAUCCCGCCCUGUCCGGAGAAGAGAGGCCUGUUCAGUGUGUUCUACGACAUGUGUCCGCAGGGUGACGAGUGUGUGCUGAUGACGGUGGUCACCGGUGAGGCUCUGUCUCUGCUCAGAGAUCUUCAGGACUCUCAGGUGGUGGAUCUGUGCAUGAGUGUCCUCCGAGAGCUCUUCCAGGAGCAGGAGGUUCCGGAUCCGCUGCGGUUCCUGGUGACCCGCUGGAGCAGAGACCCGUGGGCUCAGAUGUCCUACAGCUUCGUGAAGACGGGUGGCAGCGGCGAGGCCUAUGACAUCAUCGCCGAAGACGUGCAGGGCAAGCUGUUCUUCGCCGGCGAGGCCACAAACAGACACUUUCCUCAGACGGUGACGGGAGCGUAUCUGAGUGGAGUGCGUGAGGCCAGCAAGAUAGCAGCGCUUUAGUACUGAGUGAUCACCACCACACACA